GAUAUAAUCCAAUUAUGUAGCUUCAUGUGAUAUUAGGAUGUUGCUGUGCAAUAGCUUUUAACCGAAAGCUUGCAUAACCUACAUGUGAUGCAGGAGAAUUUGAUUGUGACUACACAAGAAGUUAGGAUGAUUCCGAAGUAGCACCGGGGGAUGUAGUAGCUGCAUCAAGAAGCUUCUCUACCAAAGCUUUAACCUUGGGAGAUCUUAUGUCAAUGGAAGAUUCCCAAAGGUCACUCAACAACAGCAACACUCAUGGACCUGAAGAAAAAAACAUAGACCGUGAAACAGAAGAGGAGAUAACAGAGGAGUCAAUAGAAGGUUCCCAAAGGUCACUCAACAACAGCAACACUCAUGGACCUGAAGAAAACAUAGAGCGUGAAACAGAGGAACCAAUAGUAGGGAGCUUGAGAUAUCUUUCCUCUGUGAUUGAGGAAUCUUGCGAUCACGAUCUCUUCUCAAGACGUCCAGCUCGUAUGACUAACUCUGAAGCAACCUCAGCUCGUAUGACUUACUCUGAAGCAACCUCAUUCUCGGGAUUCCGCUCAGUUCGUUCUGAAGGAAGCUCAGCCAGCGCAAGCUCCUUCGGUUUCCCAAUCUUGCAAUCAGAAAGGAACAUCAGUCCUGUAAGAAUGGUGAAAGCUAAGAGGACAAAACGUGGAAAGGAGAAAGGGUGGAGGCGUUACUCUCUUCUUCUCUGUUGUAGGUUCUGCCUUUCUCUCAGAGGGUUUCUUUACCUUUAUAAGUUCUAUAUAUUCAGUUUACUGAUCAUUCAAAAACUCAUGACGAGUGGUUUAGCAAACUUAUCUUCUGUAUGCCUCAAAUACUAUAUCUCACAAGGUACAAACCCUAAAUUCUCUUUGAAGUCUUGA